AUCGCCUACAAUUACCAAUCUCGUAAACAGGGUGCGCAUAAGACGAGAAGAAACAAUCGCUAUUAGUUGGAAAUAGUUUUCUGUAGCAGAACAUCGCGGCGAGAUCGAGAAUGUCACCCCUGUAGACUGUAGUGAAUCAGCACGUGGGGGAUUUCGAAUGCAGGUCGGUGUCACUGAAUAAAUAUAGAGGGGAAACAAGCAAGAAGAAUUUGUAAGCAGUUAUCUGUAGAUGGAUCCAUCACCAAGCAAUUUUGAUCCCCAAAAAACUUAUCAAUCCACAAUACCUAAAACACAAGAAGAUGAUGAAUUCUGGCCACUAUCUGGGAAACCAUAUUUCUAUGUGGUUCUUAACAAAUUACACCUUGCAACCAGGUUUCAAAUGACAUUUCCACGUAGACUAUCGGAAAAGCUUCCUGUUGCUAUGGUUUCUGCUAAGAUUGUGUGCAGAGGAAAGGUGUGGGAUCUGGUUUACAUUGGUGAUCAAGGUACUAAAAAGUUUGAAAACCAAACAUGGGAAAAAUUUGUGAUAGACAACAAUCUUGCAGUUGGAGAUGUUUGUUUGUUUGAGUUAAUGGAGGGAAGCGUAAAUGGUGGUAUUGUUAAGUUCAAAGUUCAGAUUCUUAGAGACAAUUUUCCUUCUGAAUUGGUAGAGAAAGCAGAAGGGCACAAUAUGAAUAAUCCUAUAGAUAUAGAGUAGUUUGAAAUUAUCGUAUUUGUUCAUAUGUUACUAGCUUGUUUGAAAGUAUGGAUUCUCUUUGGCAAAUAUAAAAUUCAUCGUAUUAUUAAAAUGUAUUUUGGCGUUUCUAUAUAUUUUGAGUUUUGUUCCA